ACGGUUGAAGAAACAGAUUUCGAUAAAUGUGAUAACAGCAAAACGAUAACUCAUUUGGGGUUUGGACUGCGUGCUAGAAGGAUAAGCAACAACAACUACUUUUGAAAAUGAAAAACUUGAAUGCACUGUACUUUUGUAUUUUAAUUAUUGCGGUAACAGUUGCAAGUGUGUCGUCCAUAAGAUGCUACGAGUGCACCUUGUGCAAUGAUCCCUUUGAUGAAAGUAGUGCUUCAAUAACCUCUUGUGACGGGACAUGUGUUAAAUUUCAAUCGGACGGCAGUGUGGCUAGACAAUGUUCAUACUACAUGUUUGGAGACUCUUGUGAAAAAAUACAAGGCGUUGAAACAUGUUCAUGUACAUCAGAUCUUUGUAACAGUGCUUCCGGGAUCAGCAUUUCAGUGGCCGUUGUCAGUUUUUCCGUUAUUUGCAUGUUCCUGUGGAUGAAAUAAACUAAAAGAAACUCAAAUGCUCAAAUUUAAUGCGAUUUUAAAGGUUACCAUUUAUAUCCUCAAAUAAUGAUGAUUGCAUCUCUGUAAAUGUUUGAACAAUAUUUCUGGUGAUGAACGACUCAUUUGUCAUCCGAAUUACAAUAUAUGAAUUCUAAAAUUGC